GGUGCCGACCUGAUCCACGCGUUCGCUGCAGCAGGCGUUGAUCGUGCGAGACGUCUACUGUUCACUCGCUCUGGCGGUGGCGACGGGCCCUUGCCGGCCCACCUGCUUCCGCGCAAUCCAAUGACCUAUUGCACCAUCUGCAGUGGAACGGACAUCCCCAGCAUUGCAGUCGCAGCGUCAGUGAAGGCAGCGGGAGAGGUCUUCUGCAAGUUGCGGCAGCCAGGCGUUCCCGCGCCGAUGUUCAAGCAAGUGUUCUUGUGCGAACUGCACGAUGACAAACGCACGUUCGCCAUGAAGGUGUCGGCUUCUUCGGGGCACGCGGAUUGUUGCGCCUUCAAGGGCGCAAAAGACCUCGCCAAGACCCAUGCGAUGUGCUCCAGGCACGGUGUCAUCAUCGGGACCAGCUGCAAGGACCUCUCCUACAUGAACGUCAACAAAGGCUCGUUCAGCCUCAAGGACAAGACCAGCCCAGGUGGUUCGGCCGACACCUUUAGGGCGUUCCUGGCGUACUUGGAUGCGGUCAACAUAUAUUGGUUCAUAUGGGAGAACGUCGAUCUUACCACGGACGCCGAUCAG